GAAUGCGACCCGCUGGAGACAACGCAUCAGGUGCCAGUAGCCUGUGGGUUCCUGCUAACUUAGCCCCGAGCACUUAGGCAAGCCUGCCCGACCCGCUGGCCUAAAGGCCCCCAAGCUUCCCUCCGACGGAGUCCCCGGGUCUUUUCACCGUGGCUGCUCCAGCUCCGGGAGCGCCUUCUCCUCCCGCCACGCUGGCGCACCUUCUUCCCGCCCCGGCAAUGUACAGCCUGCUGGAGAGUGAGCUCAAGAACCCCGUGGGGACUCCCACCCCAGCAGCUGCCACCGGAGGCCCCUCCGCUCCAGGCGGCGCAGGCAAGAGUAGCGCGAACGCAGCCGGCGGCGGGAACGCAGGCGGCGGCAGCAGUGGUGGUGCGAGUGGCGGUGGCGGGGGCAGCGACCAGGACCGAGUAAAACGUCCCAUGAACGCCUUUAUGGUGUGGUCCCGCGGGCAGCGGCGCAAGAUGGCCCUGGAGAACCCCAAGAUGCACAACUCUGAGAUCAGCAAGCGCUUGGGCGCCGACUGGAAACUGCUGACCGACGCCGAGAAGCGACCAUUCAUCGACGAGGCCAAGCGACUGCGCGCGGUUCACAUGAAGGAGUACCCGGACUACAAGUACCGGCCGCGCCGCAAGACCAAGACGCUGCUCAAGAAGGACAAGUACUCCCUGCCCGGCGGCCUGCUGCCCCCCGGCGCAGCCGCUGCAGCCGCCGCCGCCGCCGCCGCUGCCGCCGCCAGCAGCCCGGUGGGCGUGGGCCAGCGCCUGGACACGUACACACACGUGAACGGCUGGGCCAACGGCGCGUACUCGCUGGUGCAGGAGCAGCUGGGCUACGCGCAGCCCCCGAGCAUGAGCAGCCCGCCGCCGCCACCCGCGCUGCCGCAGAUGCACCGCUAUGACAUGGCCGGUUUGCAGUACAGCCCCAUGAUGCCUCCCGGCGCCCAGAGCUACAUGAAUGCCGCGGCUGCAGCCGCAGCCGCCUCGGGCUACGGGGGCAUGGGUCCCUCAGCCGCUGCCGCUGCGGCGGCCGCCUACGGGCAGCAGCCCGCCACAGCCGCUGCUGCCGCUGCCGCAGCAGCCGCCAUGAGCCUGGGCCCCAUGGGCUCCGUAGUGAAGUCGGAGCCCAGUUCGCCGCCGCCUGCCAUCGCUUCGCACUCGCAGCGCGCGUGCCUUGGCGACCUGCGCGACAUGAUCAGCAUGUACCUGCCACCCGGUGGGGAUGCGGCCGAUGCCGCCUCCCCGCUGCCCGGCGGCCGUCUGCACGGUGUGCACCAGCACUACCAGGGCGCCGGGACUGCCGUCAACGGAACGGUGCCGCUCACCCAUAUCUGAGCGCCGGUCUGCGUUCGCCUACCCUCGCCACCACCCGCCCCACACCCCCCAAGUUGGGACGCCUUGUUGUUUAGCUUUGCUUGCCUGGGACUGUUGCCUUGUACUGGUGAUGGGAAGGACAGAAAGUUUUGCCGUAGCUGUCGGGUUUUGUACAAAAGCAAAAAGAAGUCAGGAGCAGCGGAAACGGGACUUCUAGAGAGCUCGCCUGCCCCUCACCGCUGCCCCUCCCUUCUUCUUUGUAGGCUGGGAAUCGCUGUGAUGUUUGCAGAGAAAAAGCAGCCCCCUCCUCCUCCCGAGUUCCUGGGUUCUUCUGUUGCAUUUGAAAAUGUUGUCUUGUUAGUUUGCAAUUAGCAGAGGAGUGAGUGAAUGGGAGAAACAUACUCUCGGGUGAGGCUGGCCCGAGAACUGCAACGCCCCUGCCCCCAGUCGGGUUGCAUCUGUUUUCCUCGUGUUUUUUUUUUUUUUUUUUUUUUUUUUUUGUGGGGGCUGACCGCGGCUAGAGGCUCGGCAGCUAAAGCCAAUGUUAAUUUAUAGCCAAGUGUGCGUGUGUCUCCCGCUUCGCCGUCCCUGGCCGCGGGACAGUUUGCCCAGUCCGCAUUUAGGCUGUUGAGUUGGUGAUUUCUGCCGUGAUCUGUUUGAUGUUUCUUCGCUCUAAUGUGUUUCGAUUUCGUUUGGGUAGUGGGGAAGGGGCUAUUUUGUUUCAGGUUUUUCAAGGUUUUACUCUUAAUUCCUAAAUGAG